AUGGGAGCCUGGUUCAUCUUUGACAUGGUUGGCUUAAUUUUAUUGGACAUGGUGGGGAUCCCAGGGAACCUAGUCAUCCUCUAUGCCUUCACCCACAUGUUAAUGUGCCAUGGAAAAGUCACGCCCUCUGAAAUUAUACUGAGCAACCUCGCGCUCUCCAACCUCCUAGUUAUCCUGACCCAGGGGAUCCCCAUCACCCUCAAAACCUUUAGGCUUCAGAACACGUACAAUGACCUGGUCUGCAAAAUUACCCUCCUUAUUUACUGUGUGGGCAGAGCCAUGACCAUCUGCAUCACCUCCCUGCUGGGCUGUUUCCAGUGUAUCCUCAUUGUCCCAUCUCCUUGCAAAUGGUUGCGCUUGAGAGAGAACCUGCUGAAAAAUCUCUCCUCAGUUAUGAUUUCCAUGUGGUGCUUCAACCUUUUUGUGUGCAGUACCCACCUGGCUUAUUCCUCCUCCCAGGCUGCUGCAAACUCCUCCAUCAUCAAAAGCCACACAAUGGUGUACAACUUCUGCUACAUGGUGUUCCCCAACCACCUUUUGUACUUAGGAAACGGGGCGGUGUCUGUCAUUCGGGACUUGUUCUUCCUGGGAGUCAUGACUCUUUCCAGCUGCUACCUUCUCUCCAUGUUUUAUCAGCACGGGAAGCAGGCAAAACAUCUGUUGGGGCUGCACACAAAGCACGCGGAGAUCCAGGCAGCCAAAGCCGUGGUGGCCCUGUUAAUCAUGUACCUUCUCUGUUUUGGGCUGGACAGCCUCUUCUGGAUCUCUACCCUCUGUAUGUAUCCUGUCUCACUGAGCCUCAUUGAUGCCCGGAUGUUCCUUGAUUCCUGCUACUCGGCCAUCAGCCCACUGCUGAUUAUCCUGACCAACAAGAAGGUACAGACAGGUUUGAAAUGUGCAACCAGGAGGAGACAGUUACCAGGUGUAGACAGCAUCUCAAAGUAUAUUCAAUAAGAAACAAAUGGGCCAGGUAGCAACUUUCAGGCUUAAGUCUUAUUCAGCUUUGUUUUUAAUAUUGCAAUUAUUAUUGUUUCUACACACACACACAUACACAUACACACACACACACACACACCCCAAUUCAUACUUCAAGUAUCUCAGAACAACAAAACAAAAAAACAACAAAAGUAAAUUCUCCAUGAGGCAGAGUGAAAACACAGGGUACAAAAAUCUGUAUUUGACUGUACACCCAGGCAAUAACAAGAGAGGAAGGAUGGUCUUGUGAUUAAAGCAUGACUCAGGAAACCUGGUUUGAUUCCCACUUUAGCCAUAGACUUCCAGUGUGAGUAGAGAAAGAAAUUAUUUCCUCCCAUCUAAAUAAUUAACAAAG